CUGAUCCGGAGAUGUCCCAGUCCGAUGUGAACAGUGAAAUAGUUCACUCCGGCGCAUGACCUGGUAUGCGAGCGAGGCCGAAGAGGAGUCUGUGUGGAGAUCGCUACAACGUAACUCAGCUGAAACGUUUUACAAAGAAUCGCCAAUUUCCCUGUUCUCGGGAGGAACGAGUUUUGAUCCACGUGGCAUGACCCCCCUCAAAACAGAAGCCGGCUAAUGAGUGGGCGAUGAUAAAACCUUGCCAGAAGGAAAGCUGAAGCGUGAGGGGUGCUUGGAUUACUGUAAGCGGAGAAUACUUGUUCAGUAGAUGAGCCUUCUACACCACAAAACAAUGAAUGAAUCCUCAAAGCGAACAGAGUUCUAUGAUAUAAAUAACAUCAACAUAUUGGGUCGCUGAUUCACAGUGGGGCCUUACCCUUUCUCCUUGUAAAAUACCUCUACAGGCGGUUAGCAUGGCAGGGGUGACUUGUCGGGGAUGACUUGUCGGGGGAGGAACGACCCUUACCGUACUUGUGGACCCCCACAGCGACAGUGAGGGGCUGGAAGGGGAAGUGGAGGCGCGAGGGGGAGAGAAGGAUUGAGUGCAGGCGCGGUACAGGGUUCCACAGACGCCUUGUGUCUCGCUCAUCGCUUGGUGCACGACGUGUUUUCAUUCCCGCUCUACGACGCGAGGAUCAUGGCCGGUGAUGAUGGAGUUGUAUGUAAUGUGGUGGGAGUCGUGUGUUGUGCAGGAGGUGUCCGGUGCACGUCUUCGCGCAACCUGGAGCAAAUAGUUUUAUGAAAUAUCAUGCUCAAGCUCUCGUGUGUCUGUGAUAGUUGUAUCUGAUUCAGUGGAGAUUUCAGUGCAGGAUUUGUGAUCGAAGACUUGUACGGAUUAUAAUCUCAUCAACAUGCAUCACCAGGGUCUGGCCGGUCACGUCAUCGUCAUCUCAGUCAUUAUGACCUUGACUUUAGGGGAGACAACUCUUCCACCCCCAACCCCAAUACCAACUCCCACGGACAAGCUGGAAGAGACUGUCAUUACCUCAAUACUGAAGAUAGUGGACUUAAAGUUUGAAACUUUGAGUUCUCGAAUUGCUCAGAUGGAACGGGCGUUGAACGGGUUACAGUUUUUCAACAUUCGUCAGUUCCGAGGAGUCACCAACACGCUGCAGACGACAGCAGCUCUCACGCAGGCCAUGCAUUCUAAACUCGGAGCAAAUGACCUUGAAACAAGAACACUUAAGUCUACCGUCACUCGGAUUGGCCAUGACAUAAGUUCUCUAAAAGAAACAAACUCUAAAAAUUUCCAACAGUUGGAGCGUUCUAUUGCGUAUAUAAACCGAAACAUUGAAAAGAAAACAAACGAAUUGAUGACGGCUCUUGAUGGCCUAGACGCCGGGAAACGUGGGACUGAAGAAGAAGCAAUUGAACAGGCGUAUACAGGACGACAAGAAACCGUUUUAAACUGUUCAGUGGAUAUAAAAGUUUUAGAAGAAUAUAUAGAUUUACGCUUCAAUCAUCUGAGAAAUCAGUCCCAUUUUCAGUAUGAAAAUUUACGAAACCAAUCGAAUGUGCAGUUUGAUAAGUUAAAAUACCUCUCACAAUCCCACUAUGGGGGUUUGCGAACUCAGAGCGAGAGCCACACCAACAAACUGAAACAUCAGUCCGCGAGUCAGUUCGACAAACUGAAACUUCAGUCCGAGACCAACUAUGAAAGGCUGACAAACCAGUCUCAGGUUUAUUUUAACAGUCUUAAAUUCCAAGCUCAGAGUCAGUUUAAUCUUAUUUCAAAUGUCAGUCAAUCACGGACAGUUGAAAAGUCGCAGGAGACUUAUUCUCGCGGGGAUGAUGUGUUCAUUGACAACGAGAUGCUCUUCCACGCAAUCACGAAUAUGACAUCACAUGUCGUGCAGUCAGUCAGUUUCAUCCGCCACACUGACAGCAUGUUGGAGCAAAUCAUUUCAAACACUGAGACGUUGGCGUACGAACAGGGGAAGCUUCGAAAGGAUGUCGUCGAAGUGGUCUUACAAUCACCACGAGGCAGCGAACAAACCGACCCACCUAACAACCUCCUUCCAACAGGUGAAAGUCAAACAAACGUGGGUCAAGGUCGCCUGCGCACAGAGGGUGCGCCUGGGUGUACACUUCCGGAAAGUGUACUUAAGGAUAUUGCAAAGUUUUCGAAAAAUGGGUCCCAGUUGUUUGAAAUAUUAACUGAUCUUGCUCAGAUGAGUCAGGUGUCAUUGUCAUCUUCUCUUGUCGAACUUCAGGACGAACUCCUCCAAAUGGAGGAGACUCGGGCCAGACUAGAGAAGGAGACCAAACUACCGCCGUCCUACGGUUCGGGAGACGCUAACCUUGCCCUUCAGAAAAUCCUCAAUACGUCGAAAGCAACGCUGAAAAUGGUCGAGGCAAUGGCGUCGAACACUGGCUGGAUUCCGUACAUCUUUCACAACAUUCAGUACGUUGAAGGUCAGCUGAACAGGUCGAUGUCCGUAACAACACGAUUCCUAACGGAACUCCGAGGCCUGUCAAGUAAACUCAACCGACCUGAUCCGAAUGCGCAAACUCAGGCGGGACUGUCCAAUAAUGGCGACGUGCUUGACUUUAUAUAUGACACGAGUGUUAAACUGAAGAGGAUUAUGCCUGCACUGACAAGACUCAUAGCUGAACCAGAGCCGCUCAUCACCCUGGUGGAUGGACAGAAUGUUAACGAAGGCCGGGUGGAAAUCUACCACAAGGGCCAGUGGGGCACCAUCUGCAACACAAGCCUCGGUCACACCGACGCCUCCGCCAUUUGCCGCCAUCUUGGAUACCUAGGUGGUAUUGCGGCCGGCAGGGGGCAGUUCGGUUCCGGUUCCGGUAUUAACUGGGGUUUCAAUGUUACGUGUCUGCGCACUUUCCAGUGCCCCGCUAUAUCACUUGACACCGAGGCCAAGUCUUGCAGUCACCAUGGAGACUUUGCGGUAAUCUGUGAUCACAUGCUGCGCCUGGUUCCUUUUGAAGAAAGCAGCGACGUGAACACGGGCCACGUUGAGAUCUACCACAGCUCAAGAUGGAUGCCCAUUUGCUCACAUGGCUUUGGCCGAAACGAGGCUCAGGUGGCUUGUGAACAGAUGGGCUACACAGCUGGUUGGAUGAGAAAUUCACGUGACCGGUCGCGUAACUCCAGAUCCUUGUGGAUGACCAAUGUCCAGUGUCGUGGCACGGAGAUUAGGCUGGACGCCUGCAGGCAUAAUAACUUCGGUGCCCGUCAGUGUCCCGGGCUGAAACCUGCCGCAGUCACGUGCGAGUGAGUUGAAACAGGAAGUAUCAAUGGACGCUACGCAUGCGCCGAGGAUACAUCUAUGCAUUGGUCGGAAAACAUCAUACAAUUGGACCUGGUCAGUUCGGACCGUUUUGAAAUGUUAAUUUCAAUUGUAAGAAGUCGGUUUUGGACGUUGGAACGUGAUGUCGGACGCCAGAACCGGACGCUGACAUUGCACGACCUGACAUACAAUUAACAGUUUUUCAUCUCCAUUUGCAAGUCACAUGUCAACGGUACUUACACUCAAUUAUCCAAACGGGCGAUGGAUUAAUGAGUGUCACGUCUGAACGAGACAUCUACACUGCGCACUCACACCGAUGGGGAAUGGAUAACUUUGGAUACAUAUACUUGGUAUUUCAAGACUCUUCAUCUUCGCCGCCGUUCGUGUGUAACGGAACAUUUCACAAGAUGCAGCAGGACUUCUUCUGUUAUCAUUUGGGAAAUAUAUUAUUAAGCAACAUUAUCUGUAGUACUUGAAUUUUUCGUAAAUAACGCGAUUCUUAUAGAUUUAGUCAAGUAUAACAAUAGCGAUUUGAAAAAACAAACUCUUUUGAGCUGGCGAUCAGCUAUUAGAGUUCCCUGCCCUUAGUUUAUCAUCCGGAAAACUGUCAUCCGGAAAUGACCGGGAAAGACCGGAAACACAAGACCCCUUUCGGGGGAGCUGUCGUUGCAAUAGAUCGACCACUGAGUAUGCUUCAAGUUUAUGUCUAUCAACAUGUACCUGGCCAUUCCACUCUUGAUUACUCGGAUGGCCGGAUUUCUUGUGUGUCUGUAAAAGGAAACGAUAUGUGUGGGCUCGAACUUCACCAGUGCCUUGUGUUAAACAGUGUACUUUAGUGAAUGUGUAGGACCCAGCCGGGUUGACCAUAAAUGUUUUCUUCCCCAUCUAGCAUUAAAAGAUAACAUCACGUGUA